GGUAAAAAACUAACAGAGAGAAGCGGAGGCGGCGUGCACUGCCAGGGACCGUGCGACGAGCCAGCCCUAACUUUUUCUCUGCUGCCGCUGCCGACGUCGCCGACCGAGCCACCUCCUCUCGGCCGCUACCUCUAGCCGCCACCUACCGCUGCCGUUGUCGCGGGCCAAGCCGCCUCCUUUACCCGUGGCUUAGAAGCACAUGGCGUUUCCAUUUUUACCUUCCAAGCGUCCUUAUGAACGAAAUCCCUUAGAGCCCAAUGGUAGGGGUAAGUGGCAAAAGACUGGACCUUCUAUAACACAGCAAAAUCAGCUGAAAGUGCCUCCAGGUGCUAUUAUCUUCCGAGUACUUUGUCCUGCUUCAAAAUCUGGAAGCGUGAUUGGUAAAGGUGGAGGUAUUGUAGCAAGGAUACGUCAAGAGACUGGUGCAAAGAUUAGACUUGAAGAGACUGUCCCUGGAUGUGAUGAGAGAGUUAUUGUAGUUACUGGGCUGGAGAAAGAUGCAGAACUAGGCAACGAACAGGGUAAAGAAGAUGAUGAAGAAACUGGUACCGAUGAUGGUGGUGAUAACUCCCAGGAAAUCACUGAGAACAUUGAAGGAGCUAAGGAUUCUUCUCCUGCGGAGAGUUCAAAGUUUGAUGGAGUACCAUCAUCAGUAGUGAAGGCUCUCCUGCUUGUAUUUGAGAGAAUAAUUGAAGGUGAAGCAGAAAAUGACGAUGAAGAUGAAGCAAAUAAGAAGCUUUCCAAUGUUUCUGCAAGAUUACUAGUUCUGUCUAACCAGGUGGGUUGCCUCCUUGGAAAGGGUGGGAGUGUAAUCAAGCAAAUGUCAGCUGAUAGUGGAGCCCAGAUACGGAUACUCCCAAGAGAUAAGCUUCCAUUGUGUGCUUCACAACAGGAUGAAAUUGUCCAGUUAACAGGAGGGGUUGAAUCAGUGAAGAAAGCUCUUCAUUUAGUUGCUCAGCAGCUUCUGGAUAAUCCACCCCGUGAACGUGAUUUGUUCCCUCCAAUGGGUUCUUCUGGUCCAUCAUCUCAUCCAUUUGCUUCUGGUCCUCGGCCAGAAGGCGUUCCACUGCUAAAUUAUCAUCAUCCCCAUCAAGGGCCACCAUUCUCAAACAGGCCCCAUCACAUUGCUGACUUUCAUCCAAGCAUCGGUCCACCUUUUCCUAAAUUUCAUGAAAGUGGACCACCUCUGCAGCCUCAACUUUCUCCAGAGCUAAUAACUUACAGGUUAUUCUGUUCCAGUGACAAAGUUGGAAGUGUGAUAGGGAAGGGAGGGAACAUUGUUAAAGGUCUUCAAAAUGACACUGGUUGUGAAAUUAAAGUUCUGGAGACAACUCCUGAAUCAGAUGAUCGGAUUAUAGUGAUAUCUGGUCUUGCGCUUCCAAGUGAUAGGAUCGCACCUGUACAGGAUGCAGUUCUUCGUGUUCAGCAUAGACUAGUGAUGGCUGUACCAGAUGCUAAAGAUAGCACUGUUUUGUCAAGGCUUCUUGUUGCUUCCAACCAAACUGGUUGUCUUCUUGGCAAAGGUGGUGCUAUAAUAGCAGAAAUGAGGAAGCUUUCGGGAGCUCAUAUUCGUAUUCUCGGUAAAGAUCAGAUCCCCAAGGGUGUGCCAGAAAAUGAUGAGGUAGUCCAGAUAUCUGGUGAAUUUGGAGCAGUUCAGGAAGCUUUGUUGCAAAUAACCUCUAGACUGAAGCAUCACGUUUUUCGUGAUAAGUUAUCUGCUAUGAAUCCUAAUGCGCCUCCUGCUUUUAUCGAGCAAUUACCUCCAUAUGGUCUGUACAUGGGGAGGAGGGAAUCUUCACCCUCCAGGUUGUACCCGAAUUUGCCCCCAUUUCAGAAGGAUCCUGUUGGUCGCCUGUUUGAAGAAAGAUCUGCAUUUGCACAUCCAGUUCAUGGUCUGGGUAUUCCACCACUUGGUAUUGAAAGACCUGCACCAUGGCUGCCUCAGGGUAUGAGGGAUGUAGGCGGUCCCAUGCCUUUACCUGAUUACCCAGGAGGAGUUCCACAAAGAAGGAUGGGUGGAUUUGCUAGUGGAAGCCAGCCAGUGCCUAUCACAAGUGUAGAUGUUGUGGUUCCUCGAUCCCUUGUACCUUCUAUCUAUGGUGAAGAUGGAGGUUGCCUGAGGCAUAUCCGUGAGAUCUCAGAAGCCAAAAUUACCAUCACUGAACCCAGACCUGAGGCAACAGAGACAGUGAUUAUAAUAUCUGGAACACCAGAGCAGACCCAUGCUGCCCAAAGCCUCAUCCAGGCUUUUGUAUUGAGUGAAACUGGUUCUUUAGAUUCCACCAAACCCUGAGCCAAUCAAGAAGCUUCAACGAAGAACAUGUUUGCAGAAUAGAGACUUUAAAGUUUCAUUCCAGUCAAACAAUUCUAUGGCUUUUUUCUGAAUUUUGCAGAUGCUGGUAUUUCUGUAGAGGAUUCACAACUAUAAAUGAGCACUUAGCUUAAGGAGUUAGUUUGUCCUCAAAACUAGUGAACAAAGAAUUUUUGAAAUUUUUGUAUGAGCUAAAUUAGAAUUUGAUCAUUUUGAACUCUUUUCGCAAGACAAUGAACAUGAGUUUGUUGUUGUUUGGAUGUUGCAUAUGUUAACAGCAAAAAGAGUGUGGUAUCUUGAAUUA